UUUCAUCGAUCACGUGCCCUAUGACUAACCAAAAACUUGACUGAAGACGAACCUUUUCUGACGUAGCAAGAAAGUUUACUGUGAAAUAUUUAAAAAUGAAGCUUAUAUUAAUUACAUUGCUGUGUUUGGCAGCGUCGACCACGGCGACACCCCUCCUCGGGGAGAAGAAGUGUACGUGGGGCCCGGCGUACUGGUGCCAGCACCUGUGGAGUGCACGCGAGUGUGGGGCUAUCGAACACUGCGCACAGAGAGUCUGGAUGCUGCAAGAGACUCCCCAGCAGGAGGCCAGCGAUGCCGACUCCGGUUGUCAGAUGUGUGAGAAGAUGGUGAGGGGCGUCACCGUACUUCUGGACAACAAGUCGACAAAGGGUGAGAUUCUGAAGUAUAUGGAGAGGGCAUGCACUGGAGCGCAAACUGCAGAGGGAGUAAGAGCGUGCAAGAACGCUGUCGAUGCAUUCUUCCCUGCCAUCCUCGACUUCGUCGCCAUGGAAAUGGAUCCGAUGGUGAUAUGCACUGCUAUGAAACUCUGCCCCAGCAGCAACAGCAGCAGUGAGGAGGUGGAGAGGUUGGAGAAUACCAUCGAAGAGGUGCUGGUAGUGAAGCCGCUACUGCAGGAGCUUGCACCCUCGCAUGUUAUGUCGUCUGCAGAUCGUGACAGACGUGAAGCCAAUGCCGGCAGUUCACGAUGAGAUGUGUGACAUGUGCACGCAGAUGGUGACAGAGCUGCAGCUAGCAGCUCACGACAA